UCAAAACAAUCAGAAGAGCAUCUUGGAGAGAAAAGUAGAUCCAAAUACUGUAGAAAUUGAUAAAACGGGAAUCACAUGUGUGCGCAAUGAGACAGCAUCCAUGCAGUAGAGGCCACUAUAAGUACCGGCAAAACCUAGUCAGUUUUCUCCCAACAAGCCAUUGCAAGGCCAAUUAGCACUUGGAGCUAGCUAUCUAGCUGCAUCUCUCUGCCUCUCUCUCUAAAUAUAUCAUGGCAAAUGACUCAUUGACAAGGAGCCAUAUAGUUGGAGAUGUCUUGGACCAGUUCACAAGCUCAGUGCCUCUGACUGUGAUGUAUGAUGGGAGGCCUGUGUUUAAUGGCAAGGAGUUCCGUUCAUCGGCUGUCUCGGCGAAACCUAGAGUUGAGAUUGGUGGCGAUGAUUUCCGAUUUGCCUAUACCCUAGUUAUGGUGGAUCCUGAUGCGCCCAAUCCCAGCAACCCGACCUUGAGGGAAUACCUGCAUUGGAUGGUGACUGAUAUCCCUUCAUCAACAGAUGAUAGUUUUGGGCGGGAGAUCGUGACGUACGAGAGCCCGAGCCCGACGAUGGGCAUACACCGCAUGGUGAUGGUGCUGUACCAGCAGCUGGGGCGCGGCACCGUGUUCGCGCCGCAGGUGCGCCAGAACUUCAACCUCCGCAGCUUCGCGCGCCGCUUCAACCUGGGCAAGCCCGUCGCCGCCGUCUACUUCAACUGCCAGCGGCCCACUGGCACUGGUGGCAGAAGGCCAACCUGAUCAUCAUCAUCUACGUACUUAAUUAUUAAUUAAUUAUUAGCUUAAUUGCUCAAGUCCAAGAGUCUAUAGCUUGCUUGAGCUUGCCAACUAUAUAAUAUAUAUAUAUAUAUGGUGUAUGUGUGUAUGUAUGUAUGUAUAUAUAGCCGUAUCUAUCAUGCAUAAAGCUCCUACCUAUAAUGGCUAGAAUAAUUAAGCUCGAUCCCCCACUUGGUGUGCAUGCAUGGCGGCUCUUAAGUGUGCAUGCUGUCAUGAAUAUGCAUGCCUGCCUGCUUUUUAAAUAAACUGUAUUGUAGUAUUAAGUGCAGAAUCGAAGUGUAUUAAGUAGAGAUGUGACAUUAUUUUGUCACACGUUGGUAAUAAGAUAUGUGUGCAUGGUUGCUUC